UCAGGUGACCGGAGACUGCGCAUGUUCCAACAAAACUCAAGAACAACUUUGAACUUUCUGUGUUUUUCCGUCACGCAGAGAAAGAAGAGUCAAAGCCGGUCGUUCGUGUGUUGGGAUGUGUUGUGGUUGUUUGCUGGUUGCCGCUCUGCUCUCUUGUUGUGCAGGAGAAUCCUUGGUGGAUGGUCCACCAGAGAAGGUCCUGGCCUUUGCUGGCGGGGAUGUCAUUCUUCCCUGCAGUUUCAACACCACUGACAAUGAUGAUUUUCCAACGGUGGAGUGGUCCAAGGAAGGCCUGCGGCCCAGUGUCGUCUUCCUGUACCGGGAUGGCUGUGAGAUUCUUGAGAUGAAGAAUCCGGCCUUCGAGUACAGGACGAGCUUCAUCAAUAAAGAACUGCAAAACGGAAACAUCUCAUUGAGGAUCUCCAACGUGCAGCUGUCUGAUGCAGGGAAAUACAAAUGCAUGAGGCUCUGGAAGAAUGCUCCGCGGGACAUUACAACAGUGGAGCUUGUCGUGGGUGCAGUUUCUGAGCCGAAACUCUCAGUCGUUUCAGCUGAGAGUGGAGGAGUGACUCUUCAGUGUGAGGCCAACUGCGGGUUACCAGAGCUGGAGGUCACGUUUCUGGAUGAUCAGAGAAACAUAAUUCCUGCUGAUGAUGCAAGACAUCAAGAUACCAGUGGACAUUACACUGUGACACGAAGAGUGGCUCUCCAGGAUGCUACCAACAGCGUUACCUGCAGAGUUCACCACCCAAAGAUUAAACAGACCAGGAACACAGAGAUUCUCAUACCAGUUGAUUGCAUGAGACCCUGCUUUCUACCCAUUGUCAUCGCUGUUGGAGUGACCAUUUUCUUAGCCGUAAUAGCAUGUGGAAUAGCUGUCUUUGUCCGGAAGACAUCUGCAGUGGGACAGAAAUUGCCUUUAAUGAGGGUGUCCUCAGAUCAGAGUACAAAGAGUUCUGUCUCCUUAAAUCAACCACUUCUGAAUCCCCGACCUGAGGAUAACAAGGGAAAAAGCAAGAUUGAGGAGAUGAAGAAACAGGUGGCUAACUUACAGUCAAAGCUUUGUGAGAAAGAAAAGAUCAUCCACCAACUACAGAACAGCAAACCUCAGCUAAGCCCUGUUGUUUGCCACUUUGACAAGCCAACAAUCUGCCAUCCUGCAGCCUCAACCCACUGCAAGCUUCCAAAAUCUGGCAGCUUACCCCAGAAUCAGACUCCAAAGCAAGGCAUCUCACGACAAAACAGUAGUCCAGCACCUGGCCACGUGAUCCAAAAAAGCCAUCGUAACCACAGCUGCCCUGCCCUGAACGUUUAUGCUGCAGUGGCGUCCAGUUCUUCUUUGGCCAACACUGCAAAGAAAAAUCCAGAGAAUCUCACCCGUUCACUGAGCAUGACUUCUGCUAGGCCUGGUCCAAAAGUUUCCAAGCCUCAGCGUCGAUCUUCCUUAGUGUUAACACCAUCUGCUCUGCUGUCCAGUAACCGCUUUGGGCCCCUGGCAGAAGUAGAUGAGGAUUGAGAGCAGCUAUUGUCAUGAGAAAAGUACAAACACCAGUAAAAUUUUCAGUCUUCCUGAAAACGUAGUGAGUGAAAGCUAGCGAUUUGCAUAACCAGUGGGGAUAUGAUUUUUGGAUUUUGGGUCAACUGGUUUUCUAAUUUCAGUCUUCAGAAAAUAACGUCUCUAUAUCCUUUAUCUGUGAAAAUACUUUAUUAGCUUUAUUACUAUUUUUUGUACAAACACGAGUGGUUGGUUCAGCCAACAAGCAACAUUGCACAUGACAACAGAAGUCAGAUUUUUGCACAGACCCAGUUAGCAGCUAGAUUAGAAGUUUGGUUCCUGUAACUAGAUGCUAACUAGUCCACAAAGGUGCACAGGUGCUUUAAACACUGGGUUGUAGCCACUGUCUACUCGCUACAAUGGAUAAAGCUGAUCUCAGAGAUUCCUCUCAAACACGGAGCUCUUUAAACUGACUUGUGCUUGUGUGCUUUUCUAGAAAUAACUUUAUAUAUAAUAACAUUAGUGUUGAGCCUUAUAUAAGAUUCUAGCCCUGUACACAAAAGAACUUUACAUCUGUAGCUUGUGUUAUAUAAAUUGUACAUUUCUACAGAUAUUAAGCACAUAAGCUUUAUUUAUAUUCUUUGGUCUUAAUUUAAUUCUUAUUUAAUGUUUUUCUACAGAUUGUUUGGGAAUUCAAUUAUUCUAUGUUUUUUUUUUUUACAGCUGUCCUUUUUUAUCUUUUAUACUCUCAUAAAAUAAAACACUUGCAUUGUUAAAUUUCACUGCUCACUUCAUUCACUCAGUAACAGUCUGAAAACACAUAAGCAGCACUCCCUGGUGAAUCAGUUCUAACAUUUCUUUUUACCUUUACCUUUUAUCUUCGGUCAGGUUUUAGCUUUUCCGCUCUGCUUCAUGUUUUCUGUCCUUAGAUAUGCUAUGUGUGCUAGCUCAUGUUGAAAAGAGAACCAAAUUUUGAUGAUGGUUAAAAGAUUUUUAAAAAAGAAAAGAAAUAAACAUGUUUACAGCCUGGUACAAAAACAGU